UCUGGAGACAGACAGUAGAGCGCGCCUCGUCUCACACUGACCGCUUUACACACUUAUCUCGUUUCUGCACAGAGACAACUGAUGCUUCAAUGAAGAGGCGAUUUAAUCACCCGCCUUUGGAUGAAGUUGGAGUUUUCUUCUUGCAAAACAAACACAAUGUGACCAUGUUGAGUCAGUGACUGUUUUAUCCUUGGCGGAUUUCGGAGUACCUUUAUUGAUCCAGGGAAGAGGGACUUAAGAAUGGGCAAACUUCAGUCAAAACAUGCGUGUAAGCGCAGAGAAAACCCUGAAGGAGACAGUUUUGUUGUGAACGCCUUCCUCCGGAGAGGGAUGGAGGAGUGUGAGAGGUACAGCGCGACAGAUCACAAGCUGAAGCACAUGCAGGAGUUUCCACAUGGUGAGCUGAAGGACAGACAAUUCACAGAUCAACACUGUCCCCUAGAGGUGGUUCUCCCUCCUGAGAAGGCUGAGGGCUGUGAAAGCUACCUGCAGUAUCUGCACUCAGAGGACGGGGAGAGAGAGAUACUUAGAGAUGCCACCAAAGCCCCUGGGAAGAAGCGCAUCAGCCUGGAUGACUUGGAGUGUGAUGUGUCUGUGGAGGACGACAACCGUCAGGAGUGGAUCUUCACCCUUUAUGACUUCGACAACAGCGGGAAAGUUACAAAGGAGGACAUGUCCAGCCUGAUGCACACCAUCUAUGACGUGGUGGAUGCCUCUGUGAAUCACUCCUGCCACAACAAGAGCAAGACUCUGCGUGUCAAACUGACUGUCACUCCAGAGCCGAGGUGCCACAGAAGAGAAACAGGGACAGAUCGCAGCCACCAGGAGGAGGGGCGCUCAGCUGACAAACGUAUGUCCUCAUACAUCAGCAGCAGAGGGCAGAACAACGAGGCGCCGGCCGCUGAGGGUCAGCAUUACUGCGUGGAUGAGAACACAGAGAGGAGGAAUCACUACCUGGACCUGGCUGGUAUAGAGAACUACACCUCCAGAUUUGAAGGAACGACCCCUGCCUUCCCUCCCCAGGAGCCUCACGGUCGCAGCUCCCAGAGCCAGAGCCAGAGCCGCUCCCGCUCCCAGGAACCAGAAACCCAAGUUAUUCACCAGCGCCGUUCGCAGAUCAUCAGCGAUAGCUACAACCCCACAGAGUCUCGAAGCAAGGGCGCGCAAUUCCUUAAGUCGCCCAAAGGAAACUACAAGGGAAGCGGAGGGAAUAACGGGGGUGGCAAAUCCACUAAAUGUCACGGCUACCACCCCCCUCUGCAAACUAUGCUGCACAGUGGCAGCGCAGCGGGCCACGGAGGUCAGGAUGUGUACCACUUGCCGCACCAAGCCCAGCCUUCCGGCCACCACCAGCACCCGUUGCAAUACAGUCACAGCAAGCGCCUGAGGGCCAAAGCCAGAGAAGCCAUGUCCCCGUCCAAAACCCCGCUGUCCCCUCAGUCCCACCCCCAGCAGCAGCAGCAGCCCCCUGUGCCCUCUGCACUGCCAAGCCUGGAGAGAGAGCAGGCGUCUGGCCCUCCUGGGAGCCCGGGGUUUGUGGUUCCUGUGGUCCAACGCCACGAGCACCACCAUCACCACGAACACCACCACCACCACCACUACCACCAUUACCAUCAGACAUGACCGCCCUCAGUGUGCAGUGACUGAAACUGUACAGGACCAACCACAACCAACCACACCAGUCUGAAGGACUUAACGUCAUCCCACGGGAGUGUCUCAUGCUCUGUCCAGGAUCCUUUUACUCUCCUCUUGCAAGCUAUACAGAUAUAUCCCGAGAGUAGAUGUACUGAGGAAUGGCGCAGUGUGAUGGCAGAUGAUAUUGGACCGAGAGGAUAUUUUUCUGAGGUUAUUGUGUAACAAAAAAGAUGCGUGGCACAGCUUUGAAGUGUUUGAUUUUCAGCUGGGACCGCUGCGAUCGUUACCCGUUUUCAGUCAGGGUACAGAUACCAGUAAGAAACAGAUCAAAGGACUCUUGACCUAACAUCCUCUCUCUCUCUCUCACUCUUGAUGCUGUUGGUUGAAGUCCCAGGAAGCUAUAAAUCAGAGUAGGUGUGUUGUUCUGUGUGAGACCUUUCCAAAACAUGGAUCUCAGGUGUAAAGGUGCUGCUGCUCUCAAGCUUUUCACAGAGGCUUCCUCCUCUGGGAGGCCUGAUGUGGACUGAGGGGUUUCCUGUUUGGGGAGGGAGUAUAAAAUCACCACUGCCAGUUUUAAUGCAAAAAUAUCUUGCUAUAUGUAUAAAAAAAUUCUAUAUAUGUAAACACAUUUUAUUGUAUAAUUAUUAUACUGUAUAUGCAUAUUUCAUCAUGGAUAUAAUUAUGCAUAUAUGUAUUUUGUCUUUUAUAUAUUUUAAUAAACGUUAUAUAGUUCAUUUACA